AUGGCAGAAAAGUAUGGAGGAGAUAUGUUCGCCCUGUGCCCAUUGGCCCUGUGUUUCCAUGUAGAACCCAGGGAGCUGGAGCUGGAAGCCAGCAAAGUGGUCCCCCUGCCCAGUUAUUCAGGGGUCCCAAGAAGUCCUAGAGAGAAGAGAUCUGUAGGUUCUCAAGGUCAGUUUGGAUUGGCAGCAGGUGCAGGGGUGGAUUUCUUCCGGUCUGUGGAUUUCUUCCACUCCUGCUGCUACAGAGCAGUGGGGAGACAGGAGUCUGAGUUCUGGCAUGGGAAUGAGAAUUUACACGAGCUUCCUCGGGAGGGUAUCUGGGAAGGUCCUGUAGAGUCGGAAGACUUCAGCAGUAGCUGCGUCUUUGUUUAUUAUGCUACCUUCUGCCUCCUCGGGGAGGAGGAGCGCUGGAAGAGUGCACUGGGAAAAUUCUCAGAGGGCACUGCAGAUCUCAAGGGGCAUUACGCUGCAUCUGAGGCCACUGCCCACAUGUAUGGCAUUGACUGGACCUCAGAAAAAGGCGUGGGUCACUCCUCCUGGCCCUCUAAGGUUUAUAGCAACUAG